GAGGGCAUUACAACUUUAUCUAAUGUGGUUGAAUCAGGGCUUGGAUUACCAGCACCAGAAGAUUUAGCGAGAAGUCUUCCGAAGGAAAUAUCUGGAGAUGAUUUUAUAAAAGAAAAUGACGAAAAAAACAGCUCUAGUGUACAGUCGUAUCGAAAAUUGUUUACUGGGUUUGGAGCAAAUGUUGUUACAAGUUCUUUGGAUGUACUUGAAGCACUUGGCAAGAAAACAUUUGAAAAAUUAACUGUUAAAGAGCAGGGUUCUCACAAACGACGAUUUAUUUUCGAACCUGAGAGAGGCCAGAAUUUAUCUCAAGUUUUACGAGAAUUGCGGGAAAGUCAAGAAGAAAAAUUUGUAGACGAUGGUAGCUGUAUGGUUAAGCGUGAAUCCACAUUUAUUGAGUUUUUUGAAAAAUUUGGUGGCAUGUUUCAUUUGGAAGGCCUUGAAAUGCUGUCUAAAAAUCACCUGAAAAAAAUUACGAUAGACAAAAGGAGAGAAGUGGAUAAAAUUUUUGCUAAUGAUUUAGUAAAUACAUUGGAGGAAUAUCAAGAAAAUGAUACUGAAGAUUUUAUCCAACAGUUGAAAGGAAUAUUACUAACGACCGCUUUACCAUACAACGUGAAGCUCGGUUCAGUUUUGAUCGAUUCUUACAAGCGGUUUAAAGAACGUUCUGAAAACUUGCCUGUAACUGGCGAUGAGAUUUUCGUGCUCUUUCUAGAAUGCUUGGCUGAUUUUACUGCUCAAAGUGUCCAUUCAGUUCACAAGAUGGGUCAGCUGCUUUUAAUCACGGAGACAAAAGGAAACUUGGAAGCGUUCUCACACUUCCUUGCCUUGGUUGGGCGGCAGAUUUCAUUUUUCAGUAAUUAUUUUGCCCAGUAUAUCAGUACUGCCGACAAUUCGUUUGAGGAGAUAGAUGAAUUAGUCACUACGGUGUUUCUAGCAGCUGGGGAUGCUUUUUCAUAUGUACAACAAUCAUUUCGUCUUCUUCGGCCGUUACUGGUCGUGUGA